AUGCGAUCAUCUUCAUUCUGGACGGCGGCAACGCUGCUGACGGCGGUGCAUUCCAACGAACUCGUAUAUGAGCGUGAUUUUUCGAAUGCCGACGGUUAUUCAUCAUGCGCGACCGCAGAAUGGCCUCCUUCAGACCUUGGAGCCGAUCUGAUACCCCAAGCGCCGACCGAGGAACUAGAAUCUCUCCUUAACGAUUUCAGCGCUUCCAAUAUACAGGCAUCGAUUGAAAAACUGGUAUCUUUUGGAACGCGACACACUCUAUCCACGCAAAAUAGUACUACACGAGGCAUUGGAGCGGCACGCGAUUGGAUCGCAUCAGAAAUGAACAAGUACGCUGAAGAGAGCGACGGAAGAAUGACCGUCACUGUGCCAGGCUAUGUUCAGGGUGUAGCCAAUAGAAUUCCAUUUCCAGUCAAGAUCUCUAAUGUCGUAGCGACAAUUAAGGGAUCAGAAGAUCCAGAUCGAGUCUAUGUCAUGAGUGGCCAUUACGACAGUCGUGUGACUGAUGUAUUGGAUUAUACGUCCGACGCACCGGGUGCAAAUGAUGAUGCCAGCGGAACAGCUAUUGCAAUGGAACUUGCGCGUGUGUUAGCCAAGACCAAGCCCAAAGCUACCAUCAUGUUGGCUGCCGUAGCUGGGGAGGAACAGAGCUUAUUCGGCUCUACAUUCUUUGCCCAAACACUAAAAAACGCCAGCACAAACGUAGAAGGCAUGCUAAAUUGUGAUAUUGUCGGAUCGUCCGUUGGCGAUCGCGGCCAAAAAGAUCCCUACACUAUCCGCGCUUUCGCUCAAGGUCCUCCUCCCAGCGAAAACGCAACCACAGCAGCCCGCCGUCUACAGGUUGGGGGUGAAAAUGAUUCACCCGCCAGGCAGCUUGCGCGCUUCUCGAGCGAAGUUGCGUCAAACUCUGCGACCAACAUGUCUAUUGCCAUUAUCUAUCGUCUGGAUCGCUUCUUGCGUGGGGGAGAUCAUAGGCCAUUCCUGGAGGCAGGUUAUCCUGCGAUACGAUUCACGGAACCCAAUGAGAACUUCGAUCAUCAGCAUCAGGACUUGCGUACGGAGAACGACACUGUAUAUGGCGAUCUGAUUGAAUUUGUGGAUUUUGAAUAUACGGCCCGUGUUGGUAAGGUGAACCUAGCUACGCUCUGGAGUUUAUCUGAGGCCCCUGGUCUCGUCCGAAAUGUGACUGUGGACACCACCGCGCUUGACAACAACACGCGGCUGAAAUGGAUUUUGUCGAACAGCACAGAUGUCAAGACCUAUGAGAUUGUCUGGAGACCGACUACAGCUAGUCUAUGGACUCACGUACUUGAUGUUGGCAGAGUCGAUAGGGUUACCCUGCCCUUAAGCAAGGAUAACGUCAUCUUUGGUGUCAGGGCUGUGGGGACGAACGGGUACAAGAGCCCGGCCACAUAUCCGCUCUUCUCUUCUUGA